AUGGUUUCAAAGGUACGCCUGUUGUGCAUUGCUAACGUACGUUCCAAAUUCAAUCCUCCAUUGCCAUCAGGAUAUUACGGGAACGUUUUGGUCUCUGCAACAGCGAUUACAACAGUUAAAAACCUCUGCCAUAAUCCUGUUGGGUAUGCAGUGGAACUAAUAAAGAAAGCAAAAGCAAACGUGACAGAGGAAUAUAUAAAAUCCACGGCAGAUUUAUUUGCGAUUCGAGGUAAAUCACUCUAUGUCCCGGCUGUUAUUGGGUCGUAUUUGGUUUCGGAUUUAAUGCACUUGGGAUUUGAAAAUGUUGACUUCGGAUGGGGUAAGGCAGUGUUUGGAGGACCAGCCAAUGCCACUCGAUUGACAAGCUUUUUCAUACCAACCAAGAACAAGGAAGGACAGGUUGGCACUUUGGUGCCAAUUUGUUUGCCAGCAUCAGCCAUGGAAAGGUUUUCCAAUGAAUUGGACAACAUGUUGAAACACCACCAUAUUGAGGGUUAA